AUGGCUAAGAAGAAAAAGCUCCCUCUUCCGUUCGCUGCGCCGUGUAUCUCGAAGUUCUCCAGGGUUUUGGCCGUCACAUCUUCUUCUUAUGUCCCGAUUUCCUCCGGAUCUGCGAAUCCCGAUCUGUCUCCGUCGAGCGCUGCUGCUUCUACGGUGGCUUCUGGUACCUUUGUUGAGAGUAAAGGAGCGCUUCCUUUGUCUCCAAUGGUGGUUUCGUUGUCUUCUCCGGCCAGUUCUGGUCAAAUUGCUUCCGACUCUACAGUGGUGGUCGAGACUAAGGGUUGCUCUAAUCAGUCUCCUACAACAACAGUUGAGUCGUUGCUUCUGAAGGGCUCUGUGUCUGAGAACUCCUCCAUAGGCGCCGUGUCUUCUAUCCCAUCUUGCUCUCCGGGGAAUGGAACUUGUCUUCCAUCCACUUCUGCGACUGCUGCUCCUCUUCGUCCCUCUUUCUCGGAGGUCUGUGCCUUGAGACCUAUCGGUCCUGUGUCUGAGAUCUCCUCCACAGCGGUCACGAGUACUCUUCCAGGCAGCUUACCGUUGACUGGUGCUACUCUUACUUCACAGACUACCUCAAUUCCCAUUGGUGAAUCUGAGUCUCAAACUCCGAAGAUGGACCUUCCCUGGGCAUCAAAGUUCAAGGCUUCUUUGCGUAACCUGAAGUAA